ACUCAACCGAGUCAUUCGCCGCGAACUUUUGCCUCGACCACAACGCAGUCUCCAGAAUCAAGUUCCCCCGCGAAAUACAUUAAAACGCGCUAAUUGACAAAAAGAGAGUGUUAGCAAGAAAUCGAGAAUGAAGCCCACCAACAACUCAACGCUGGAAGUCAUCUCCCCGAAAGUGCAGUUGGAUGAUGAAUUUAUCACAACCGACUACGAUUACCAGACGUCGCACGUGAAGCGUUCCGCCGAUGGACAGCUCCAGGUGCACCCCCAGACGACGGCGCUGAAGAUACGGACAGGUCGCCAGGUGCCCAAGCUGGGCGUGAUGCUGGUGGGAUGGGGCGGCAACAACGGCUCCACCCUGACCGCCGCCCUGGAGGCCAAUCGCCGCCAGCUGAAGUGGCGCAAGCGGACGGGCAUCCAGGAGGCCAACUGGUUCGGCUCCAUCACCCAGGCCUCCACCGUCUUCAUCGGAUCCGAUGAGGCUGGCGGCGACGUCUAUGUGCCCAUGAAGGACCUGCUGCCCAUGGUGGAGCCCGACAACAUUGUCGUCGAUGGCUGGGACAUCAGUGGGCUCCAUUUGGGCGAUGCUAUGCGCAGGGCCGAGGUCCUGGACGUUGCUCUGCAGGAUCAGAUCUACGAUAAGCUCGCCCAGAUACAGCCUCGUCCGUCCAUCUACGAUCCGGACUUCAUUGCGGCCAACCAGUCGGAUCGGGCCGACAACGUAAUCCGUGGAACUCGACUGGAGCAGUACGAGCAGAUCCGCCAGGACAUUCGUGACUUCCGCCAGAGCAGUGGCGUCGAUUCGGUCAUCGUCCUGUGGACCGCCAACACUGAGCGGUUCUCCGAUGUCCAGGCGGGACUGAACACCACCAGCCAGGAGCUCCUGGCGUCUCUGAAGGCCAACAACUCGGAGGUGUCGCCCUCCACGAUCUUCGCCAUGGCCAGCAUUGCCGAGGGGUGCACCUAUAUCAAUGGCUCUCCCCAGAACACUUUUGUCCCCGGACUUAUCCAGCUGGCCGAGGAGAAUAAGGUCUUCAUUGCCGGCGAUGACUUCAAGUCGGGACAGACGAAGAUCAAGAGCGUGCUGGUGGACUUCCUGGUGGGAGCUGGUAUCAAGCCGGUUUCGAUUGCCAGCUACAAUCACCUGGGUAACAACGAUGGAAAGAACUUGUCCGCUCCCCAGCAGUUCCGCUCCAAGGAGAUCUCCAAGAGCAACGUGGUCGACGACAUGGUGGCCUCCAACAAGCUGCUGUACAAACCCGAUGAGCACCCCGACCAUGUGGUGGUGAUCAAGUACGUGCCCUAUGUGGGCGAUAGCAAGCGGGCCAUGGACGAGUAUACAUCGGAGAUCAUGAUGGGCGGCCACAAUACCCUGGUGAUCCACAACACCUGCGAGGACUCACUGCUUGCCACUCCCCUGAUCCUGGACCUGGUGAUCCUGGGCGAGCUGAGCACUCGCAUCCAGCUGCGCAGUGCUGAGAACGAAUCCGCACCGUGGGUGCCCUUCAAGCCAGUCCUCUCACUGCUAAGCUACCUGUGCAAGGCGCCUCUAGUGCCGCAGGGCUCCCAGGUGGUCAACUCGCUCUUCCGCCAGCGCGCCGCCAUCGAGAACAUCCUGCGCGGCUGCAUCGGACUGCCGCCCAUCUCCCACAUGACCCUGGAGCAGCGGUUCGACUUCGCCACCAUCACGAAUGAGCCGCCUGUAAAGCGGGUGAAGACCGUGGGCCAACCUUGUGCCGUGGAAUCAGCCACCAAUGGCAAGAAGCUCCAUGCCAAUGGACACACCAACGGAUCCGCCAAGCUGGCCACCAAUGGCAAUGGCCACUGAAUCGUGAUCCUGGCAAUGGAUUUCCCAUCGGAAUUAUAUAAUUUGAAUAUAUAUGGUUUUAAUUGGAUAUAAAUUACAAACUAGAGUUAAGCUAUUAUUACUAAUUCAAACGUUAAAAUACAAAAAGGCCUAACGGACUGUUGUCUGUGUCUCACAAACAAAGUA